UCCAACGUUCAGAGCCUCAGUCUCACAAACAAUAUUCAAAAUGAAGUGCAUCAUUGCCGUUGCUCUUGUCGCCUUCGCCGUUGCUGCGGAAGCCAGUUGGGAACCAUGGGGAACCGUUGUCCAGGCUAAUGUUCCAUCGUGGCCAGCUGCCCAUUGGGAUAGUGCUUGGUCGAAUGCCGGUGCUUACGGUGCGUGGCCAGCUGCUGCUCACUGGGACGGAGCUUGGUCAGAUGCUGGACAUUGGGGCGCUGCUCACUGGGGUGUUCCAGCUGCUUCGGUUGCUCAUCAUGCUGGAGUUGUUCCCGGAGCUGUUUCCGUAAACGCCAACCGUGGUGCCGUUCACGUUGCGCCACUCGCUGGCCAUGCCAUCUCCCAGAAGCAGCUCAAUCUCGCUCCAGCACCAGGAACUAUCUAG